AUGCCCGGGCCCGGCCUUUGCAAAGGGAGCCCCGGAACGGAAGACGUGCAAGCUCUGCUGCCAGGCGUGGGGUGCUGUGCUGGUGGGGCAGGAGGGGACGAAGGGAAGAGCAGCAGCCGGGCCUCCUGCAAUCCUCUCCCCGGGUUGCAAAGGCUGCAGCAUCGCCCAGUGGAGCGCCUGGCUCCUCCGGCUCCCCCAGUGCCACGAGGGCCGGAGCAGGGGAAGGCGAGGCGGCCAGCCUUCUUUUCUGUUUUCUUACGAAAUCAGGACCAGGCAGCCCUCUUUGCGGUCCCCAAACCAGAAUUAAGAAGGAAAGUUGCCACUGAAACAUGGGCAUUCCUAGCUUCCAUAAAGAUUGGACCUCACCCCAGAGGAGUCCAGGCGUGUGGAAGAGCUGCAGUCCCGGCAGAGCAGAGGCCGGACCCAGGGGGCGCUGGAGCCCCUUUCCUAGCCCGGAAUCCCGGAAGGGAAGGGGAGGAAGGCGUGCAUGCCCGGGCUCGGCCUUUGCAAAGGGAGCGCGGGAACGGAAGACGUGCAAGCUCUGCUGCCGGGGGUGGGGCGCUGCGCCGGUGGGGCCGAAGGAGAGAGCAGCAGAGGCCUCCUGCGACCCUCCCCCUGUUGCAGAAGCAGCAGCAUCGCCCAGCGGGGCGCCUGGCUCCUCCGGCCCCUCCCAGCGCCACGAGGGCCGGAGGAGGGGAAGGCGAGGCGGCCAGGGCCCACACGAGGGAGAAACCUUUUGAAUGUUUUGAGUGUGGAAAGAGAUUCAGUUGGAGUGGCACUCUUCAAUGGCAUCAGAGAACCCACAGAGGGGAGAAACCUUUUGAAUGUUCAGAGUGUGGAAGGAGAUUCAAUCGGAGUGGCCAUCUUCAACUGCAUCAAAGAACCCACACGGGGGAGAAGCCUUUUGAAUGCUCACAGUGUGGGAAGAGAUUUAGUCAGAGUGGCAAUCUUCAAUGGCAUCAAAGAACCCACACAGGGGAGAAACCUUUUGAAUGCUCACAGUGUGGAAAGAGAUUCAGUCACAGUGGCACUCUUCAGCAACAUCAAAGAACCCACACAGGGGAGAAACCUUUUGAAUGCUCACAGUGUGGGAAGAGAUUCAGUCAGAGUAGCAGUCUUCGGCAACAUCAAAGUACCCACACAGGGGAGAAACCUUUUACAUGCUUAGAGUGUGGAAAGAGAUUCAGUCGGAAUGGCCAACUUCAGCAACAUCAAAGGACCCACACAAAGGAGAAACCUUUUGAAUGCUCACAGUGUGAAAAGAAAUUCAGUUGGAGUGGCCAACUUCAGGAACAUCAGAGAACCCACACAGGGGAGAAACCUUUCGAAUGCUCACAGUGUGGGAAGAGAUUCAGUCGGAGUGGCCGUCUUCAGUUGCAUCAGAGAACCCACACAGGGGAGAAACCUUUUGAAUGCUUACAGUGUGUGAAGAGAUUCAGUCACAGUGGCACUCUUCGGCAACAUCAAAGGACCCACACAGAGGAGAAACCUGCAUGUUCAGAGUGUGGAAAGAGAUUCAGUCGAAGUGCGUCUCUUCAACUGCAUCAGAGAACCCACACAGGGGAGAAACCUUUUGAAUGCUCACAGUGUGGAAAGAGAUUCAGUUACAGUGGCAGUCUUCGACAGCAUCAGAGAACCCAUACAGGAGAAAAACCUUUUGAAUGCUCACAGUGUGGGAAGAGAUUCAGUCGGAGUAGCCAUCUUCAGUUGCAUCAGAGAACCCACACAGGGGAGAAACCUUUUGAAUGCUUACAGUGUGCGAAGAGAUUCAGUCACAGUGGCACUCUUCGGCAACAUCAAAGGACCCACACAGAG